AUGGUAAUCAUUGAACGUUUCGGUCGGCGGAAAGUAUUGCUUAGCUCAGUAGCAGGCGUAAUUUUUGUACUCGUUUUCAUGGGACUUUCAUUUGGAUAUGUUAGCCUUGAUUCCGUAAUUACUCUACCACUGAAUCAAACUCUUCAAGAAGAUAUUCUGGAUUUCGUUCCAUACUUCGAGCACUGCGCUCAGUUCAAAAACUGUAAUUCCUGCACUAACGAUGAACAUUGUGGUUUUUGUAUGCCUAAUAAUUCUUCAACCCAUGGGCAAGUAAUUCUCAAUGUUUUGUGGUUAUUACUUGAACAACUGUAG